CGCUGGACAAUGAGCUGGGCAGCUCGACGCUGCGGCCACUUGUAGGGGGGGCGCGGGCCAUUCGUCUCCUCGGCGGCUCAGCUGCCCCACCUGCGAGGAGAGGGCGAGAUGCCACAGCCAGGUGUCCCAGCGCUCUGAGGCCCCCACGGUCAGACGUCCUGAGCUGACUCUCUCAUUGACACUAGGCUGCCCGGAGGCUUCGGCUGGGACGUUUUUUGUGGGGGAGCCUUCAGAGCUGCCGCGAUGGCCAGCACCAGGAGUAUUGAGCUGGAGCACUUUGAGGAACGGGACAAAAGGCCGCGACCGGGGUCGCGGAGAGGGGCGCCCAGCUCCUCGGGAGGCAGCAGCAGCUCGGGCCCCAAGGGGAACGGGCUCAUCCCUAGCCCGGCGCACAGUGCCCACUGCAGCUUCUACCGCACGCGGACCCUGCAGGCUCUGAGCUCAGAGAAGAAGGCCAAGAAGGCGCGCUUCUACCGGAAUGGGGACCGCUACUUCAAGGGCCUGGUGUUUGCCAUCUCCAGCGACCGCUUCCGGUCCUUCGACGCGCUGCUCAUAGAGCUCACUCGCUCCUUGUCGGACAACGUGAACCUGCCCCAGGGUGUCCGCACCAUCUACACCAUCGACGGCAGUCGGAAGGUCACCAGCCUGGACGAGCUGCUGGAAGGUGAGAGUUACGUGUGUGCAUCAAAUGAACCAUUUCGUAAAGUUGAUUACACCAAAAAUGUUAAUCCAAACUGGUCUGUGAACAUCAAGGGUGGGACAACACGAGCCUUGGCUGCUCCCUCCUCAGUGAAAAGUGAAGUGAAGGAAAGUAAAGAUUUCAUCAAACCCAAAUUAGUGACUGUGAUUCGAAGUGGAGUGAAGCCUAGAAAAGCAGUGCGGAUCCUUCUAAAUAAGAAGACUGCUCAUUCCUUUGAACAGGUGUUGACAGACAUCACCGAAGCCAUUAAGCUAGAUUCGGGAGUGGUCAAGAGGCUCUGCACACUGGACGGAAAGCAGGUUACUUGUCUGCAAGACUUUUUUGGUGAUGACGAUGUUUUUAUUGCUUGUGGGCCUGAAAAAUUCCGUUAUGCCCAAGAUGACUUCGUCCUGGAUCACAGUGAAUGUCGCGUCUUGAAGUCCUCUUAUUCUCGCUCCUCAGCUGUCAAGUAUUCUGGAUCUAAAAGCCCUGGGCCCUCCCGACGCAGCAAAUCCCCAGCUUCAGUAAAGAGGGGUGGACACCACUCCGGUGCCUACUCUGCAGCCAGAUCCCCAGUUAACGGAACUCCCAGCAGCCAGCUGUCUACUCCCAAAUCAACGAAAUCUUCUAGCUCUUCUCCAACUAGCCCAGGAAGUCUCAGAGGAUUAAAGCAGAUUUCUGCACACGGCAGAUCUUCUUCCAAUGUAAAUGGUGGACCUGAACUUGGUCGUUGCAUGAGUCCUGAAGGUGUGAAUGGAAACAGGUGCUCUGAAUCAUCAACUCUUCUUGAGAAAUACAAAAUUGGGAAGGUUAUUGGUGAUGGGAAUUUUGCUGUAGUCAAAGAGUGCAUGGACAGGUCCACUGGAAAGGAAUUUGCCCUGAAGAUUAUAGACAAAGCUAAAUGUUGUGGAAAGGAGCACCUGAUUGAGAAUGAAGUGUCAAUCCUGCGCAGGGUGAAACAUCCGAAUAUCAUCAUGCUGGUUGAGGAGAUGGAAACAGCUACUGAGCUCUUUCUAGUGAUGGAACUGGUCAAAGGUGGAGAUCUCUUUGAUGCCAUUACCUCUUCAACCAAGUACACUGAGAGAGACGGCAGUGCAAUGGUGUACAACCUGGCCAAUGCCCUCAGGUAUCUUCAUGGCCUCAGCAUCGUGCACAGAGACAUCAAGCCAGAGAACCUCUUGGUGUGUGAAUAUCCCGACGGAACCAAGUCCUUGAAACUGGGAGAUUUUGGGCUGGCCACUGUGGUAGAAGGUCCUUUAUAUACAGUCUGUGGCACACCGACUUAUGUGGCUCCAGAAAUAAUUGCUGAAACUGGCUAUGGCCUGAAGGUGGACAUUUGGGCAGCAGGCGUGAUUACAUACAUACUUCUCUGUGGGUUCCCUCCAUUCCGAAGUGAGAACAAUCUUCAGGAGGAUCUCUUCGACCAGAUCUUGGCUGGGAAGCUGGAGUUUCCAGCCCCCUACUGGGAUAACAUCACAGACUCAGCAAAGGAAUUAAUCAGUCAGAUGCUUCAGGUAAACGUCGAAGCUCGGUGUACUGCGGGAGAAAUCCUGAGCCACCCCUGGGUGUCAGAUGAUGCCUCCCAGGAGAAUAAUAUGCAAGCUGAAGUAACAGGUAAACUCAAACAGCACUUUAAUAAUGCGCUCCCCAAACAGAACAGCACCACCACCGGGGUCUCGGUUAUCAUGAACACGGCUCUAGAUAAGGAGGGGCAGAUUUUCUGCAGCAAGCACUGUCAGGACAGCAGCCGACCUGGGAUGGAGCUGACCUCUCCAGCCCCUCCCUCAGCUGAGGAGCCCCCCGUGUCCGUGCCGCCAGCCCCGGCCCCUGCCCCUCCGGAAUCACCCACACCCCCCUGCCCCCCUGCCGCUGCGGGCUGUGAGCGGGCCGGGACCUGGCGCCGCCACCGUGACUGAGCCCCGGGCAGACGGGCUGGAGCCCGCCACACCACUGGAAAGCCCCUCUUCUGCCUGGGCUGCCGCGCAGUCCACUCGCUGAAGAGGCUUUCUCCGCUGCCUGUCCUCCAGAAGGUUGCUGGCACCCCCAAGGCUGCCGGAAGCCAGGAGCUCUGUGCCAGGGGCUGGCUUCUUUCAUACUCUGGGCUCUGCCCUCUAGUUCCUGGAGGGUCCUAUGCAGUGUUAGCCUUGGUGACAGAAAUUCAGAGAGGCUCAUUUGAAGUUGGUGGUUUUUUGUUUUUUGUUUUUUGGGGGUUUUUUUUGGUUCAAUGGACAUUUUACAGUGUCACCAAGAGAAUGUGCAACUUUUAUCUGGGAUUUAAUGCAUUUUUAUAGAAACACUUUGGAUGAACCAAGAUCUCUCCCCUAUUUAAGUAAACUCGGAGUGUUCCUUUUUUUCUUAUGAGAACUCAGAACUGCAUUUGUCCCUUUGCGGGUGUCCUGUGAGAGGUGACACAGCUCCUUCCUCUGCUGAUGGGGUUUGGAGGACUGGCUUUCUGAUAGGAGAAUUGAGCAUCCAAGAGGACAGUCUGGUCACUGGACACUAAUUCCAGACUUUGAGAAGUGCUUUCUGGUGCCUGAGGAAGCAGCCCACCACGAAUAGCUUGGGGUGCUGGGCUUACCUGAGACGACACUGGAUAUUUAUUUGUACACAGACCCCAGGGGAAAGUCAUUUUGUUCCCUCAACUUGUGUGUUCUCCCGCUAACUCUCCCACAUAUGUAUUAGGAAAUGCUAACCAAGUUGUCCUUUGGCCUUUUUCAUGAAAGGCUUGGCGCAUGCAGCUUUCCCUGGGCCAAAGUGGCUUCUUCUCAGCAAGUUGACUUCUAGAGAGCAGGCAUCUGAGCAGCCACCAGAGUCUCCAUCAUCUGUCAUCUGGAGCUGGCCGGAAACAAUUGAGGAAACGUGGGCCGAGGCCCAGGCAGGACUGAGGCAGGAAGGUGCUCCACAAACAUCCUCUGUUAUUAACCUUCUGGAAGGCUGCUGGCAGUUUUUCCUUUUUUCCCAUUACCCUGCCCUUUUUAAUAAUUGUACGUAAUCAGUAGAUUUGUUUUACCCACUCAUCCCCUAAACUGGUGGGCCCUGUAGUUCAUUCUAAUUGUUAGACUUUUGCCUCUUACCAGUGUACCUAACCUGCAAUAAACCCUUCUUGAGAAAAAAUGCUGGGGGUGGGCAAAGGAUUGUGUGGUGGUGUCUUGCGGGGGAUGUGUGAUCAGAGCACACCUCCUUGCCCCAGGAUCUGGCAGAUGUACCCUUGUCUUUUUAUAAAUUUUGGGUGAGGAGGGGAGAAGAGCACAUGAAAAUGCAUCUUGGUCUAAGUGUAUUUGGUAACAGGUGCAGAAACCCACAACAAAAGCUCAGGAAUAAGUAGGGAUUAUUAGCACACAGUGGAGGAAUCCUGUGGAACCAAUGGUAGGAAGGUCAGGCUUUAUAGGAAAUGGGGAGUGCAGGCAGCUGUUCCCGUGUCUCCUGUCACUGUCUCUGACUCAGAGGCUGUGCAGUCUCCUGUCGGCUGCUUUGGGUGCAUCUCAGCUCCUGGUUUCUGUUCUCUGCUAAUGCCUGCUCACCUACCGCUCUGGUGUAGCCCAGUGCUGCUUCUGUCCUCAGCUUCUCGAGGCUGCCCAUCUGCAGGCCUAGAGACCAUCUCCUUCAGCCCUGGAUCGCUUCAUUCACACUGGUGAAGGAUUGAGACCAUGUGCCUGUUCCCAGGCACACGAUGAUUUCUCCCUGGGCUGGUGCUGGCUCAUGAUUCGAUCCGGAGGCCAGUUAUAAAACACAGAUGGGCUUCCCAGGCCCACAGCUGCAGCAGGUACCAGCCUCAGGAGGAGGGCAGUUUCCCAAAAGCUGUGAUGUACCGACCUAGACCCUUCUGCAUGUCUCUGUCCUCACUGAGGAGUUCAGGAGCAAGACUUUUCACAGCUUCCAGUGGAAAUAUUUUUGUUAUUGGGAAGAAAGGCCUCAUGUAAAGGAAAGAACACAGAAGUAGGGAUGGAGCAUGGUCUCUGGCAGUGAUCAGAGUCUGAAACCCGAGCCCCUUCCAGAGACUGAAGUCCAAAGGCAUUUGCUAACAACUUAAGAAUGUAAUUGCCAAGGCAGCUGUCAUGGUCGAUAAGACGAAGGAGUGUCUUCUGUUCUGCACAUGUUCCCGCCCUCUGCGCCCCCCUCACGUGGCCUGGGACUUGGGGGAGGAGGCCUGGAGACAGGAAGUGGCAUGAGCAGGUGUGACAGCUUGGCCUGGCGUUCCCUCUAGGAUUCUCAUAAUCCCACAGACACCUCGAGUGACGUGUGCAGGUAACGGAGCAAACCAAGCAGUGAGGUGACAUGAUCCAAGUCACAGGAUUGGCAGGCGACAGAGUCACCAGGCAACUUUAGCUUCUUCCAUCUCAGUGCUCUUUGGAGGUUCCUGUCCCCAGGGCGGGGGUGGGAUGCCGGAGGGAGGCCACCAAGACCUGGAUAUAGUGGUCAUCUGAGCAAGGAUCCUUAAUAAAGGCUCUGACUCUA